UUAGCUAUCAUAUCUUUCAUACUAAAUAUGCGGCUCUGCAUCGGUACACUGAAACAGCUCAUGUGCUGGUGUGUGGCGGCAUAACACACUAAACGCAACCCACUUUGACUAAUCAGCUCGUCCAUCUUUGGAUCUGCUUCAAUGUGGUGUCCCAGAGGCCGACUCUAACUAGAGACUGAAAUCUCCCCUCGGAGCACAGAAACUGUUCCAGCGCACGGGACCGCUGGUGAGUGACACUGGUCCCGAUGGCCAAAAACACGCUGUCUUCGCGCUUCAGAAAGGUGGACAUUGAUGAAUUCGACGAGAAUAAAUUCGUGGACGACCACGAUGAGGCUGCCGACCAGCAAGGACCUGAUGCGGUGGAAAUCGACAACCUCAUCAGGCAAGGGGACAUGAUGGCAGCCCUUCAUAUUGCUCUUAGGAACCCUCCAAUCAACAGCAAGAACCCAGCAAUAAAGGUACAGGCUGUUUUAACGAGAACUUUUCAGAAUGAAGCAUAUGGGGCGCCGACUGCUCAAUUGCAUCUUUCCUGUCUUUCAUUCUCUCAGGAAAGAGCUCAGGCUGCGGUAUUAAGGGUUCUGACAUCAUUUAAGAGCAGCGAUAUUGAACCUGCUGUUAAAUCUCUCGACAAGAAUGGAGUCGAUCUCCUCAUGAAGUACAUCUACAAAGGCUUUGAGAGGCCCACAGAAAAUAGCAGUGCCAUAUUGCUGCAGUGGCAUGAAAAGGCAUUUGCCGUUGGAGGACUAGGCUCUAUUGUUCGAGUUAUGACAGCCAGGAAGACUAUGACUACCUGACCAGACCUGAAACAGUGCCGCUAAGAGACGCCGAGGACACAAGGCAGGUUUGCCUGUUACUUAAAGGAAAGAAGAAAAGACCUUCGUUUUGAAUGGUACCGUCUUGAUGAAGAAAAAAACCUAUGAACUGUAAACGGUAGAGAAACACCGAAGCACUCGUUUCAAACUGAAAAAAAUUUGCUUGUGUAGAAGUGAAGUAACGUUCUUAUGUCAGUAUAUCAUAAAUUAUUCUAUGAUAUACUGGCAUCAAAAAGAUUUCAAUCCGACAUGGUUUUGAGUGGGAAAAAUUGUACUGUGGAAGACAAAACUAUUCAGCUGUGUGUGACAUGGUGAAUACAGCAUACUGCAUAUUUAAGAUCGAGUGAGUGCGAGCAGCAAAAGUGAGCUAGUACAUAUGAGGUUGUUAUUGGAUAUGAGGUGUUUUCUGUGCUAAAAAAAAAUAGAUUUAAUCAAUGUUUUAUUUUCUUAUUUUAUUUCACAUCUUUGGUCCCAUACUCUUUUGUUAUGUUUUUGUGCAGAGAUUUAAUAAUGGAACCAGUGAUGUACACCAAAGUGGUAGAGUGGGGAUCAUCGUAAAGUGCCUGCUACAAUAAAGUAAAUGGAUCUCCUUUA